AAUUGGGGCAGCUUUAAAAUUGGGCUUUUUCUCCUAUUUUUAUAUGGAACUGGACUUCACCAUGAUAUGAUUUAGCUUGGCAAACCACUUGUGAAUCUAAAUUUAUGAUAAGUCCCAAUUCCUUUCAAAAUUAAAAGAAAAAAGUCUAUUUUGAAAGCUGCCCCACUUCCCCUAAUUUUGAUAUUUAAAGAAAAACUACUCUCAGCAACCUAAUAAGAAAUAUGUAAACUUUUAUUUACGUUCCGAUAAGUUCUAACAAAUUUUCGAACAUAAAUUCAAACAGCUUUAUAACUUCCAAUGGUUACAAAUUAAUACAAUGAACGUAAUUCCAGGUCCAGCCCCAAUGAGUUUUGUAUUUAUUUCCAAUUUAUUUUUUUUAAUUCUCUAUGGGACAGAUUCAAAAAUGUAAUUCGAAAUAUGUAUUAUAAUCCUCACAAAAAUAUGCAAUUUGCAUGUACAAAAACAAAUUGAAUAUAUUUAACAAAUGAACUAUAUUAUUAUUUCUGAAUAGAUUGUAUGUUUCUAUUGGCUGAAAAUUUUUCCAUUCCACAUUCAAUGGAAAUUUGUUGAAAAUAUAAUUGGAAAGACAUAAAAUUAAUAUGAUUUAAAUGUGAAAUAAAAAAGAGACAUCGUUAGGCACUUUAUUUAACAUCAGCUAGAAAAUUCGAUUAACCAUUUAAACCUCGUCUAUAAAUAAAAAAAAACUCCAUACCAAGUGUAAUAAAAUAAAAAAACAAGAACAAAAUAAUCUACCCACCGAUAUUUAAUUAGUUAUGUGAAAACAGUGCAUGAGGGAGAAAUAAAUCUCCCUUUAAUUCUUUUGAAAAACUCUAUUGAAUUCACAAUCAAUGAAAUAUGACGUGAUGAUACUGGAUAUUAUGAAAGGUCUCAUAAUAUAUGUAAUUACAAUUUUCAUACCAGGUGUUAUCCUCAAUGUUGGAAUGGCUGAUGAAUUUAUUGAGGAUUUCAAUUCUCACCUCAAUAUUGAAACCACCACAUGGCUAUAUUCAUCAUCAUCACCAUCGAGCUAUGCAGAGCCCUAUUUUGAUCCGAUGACCCUUUCGAAUGUGACAGCCCUUGUUGGAAAAUCCGCUUAUCUCAAUUGUCGUGUUCGAAACUUGGGCAAUAAAACAGUUUCCUGGAUACGACAACGAGACAUUCACAUACUCACUGUGGGCAGCUAUGUGUACACCACAGACCAGAGGUUUCAAACUGUCUAUCAUAGGGAAUCCGAUGACUGGACUUUGCAGAUUAAGUGGGUGCAAAAGAGAGAUGCUGGAGUAUAUGAGUGUCAAAUAUCAACACAGCCUAUACUCAGCUACUUUGUCUAUCUCAAUGUCGUAGUUCCAACGGCCACAAUUUUUGGCGGACCGGACCUUCAUGUGGAGAAAGGAAGCACCAUUAAUCUAACCUGCUCAAUUAAAUACAGUGCUGACCCACCUGCAUACAUAUUUUGGUUUCAUCACGAUGAGGUGAUUAACUACGACAGCACUCGAGGAGGCGUAUCGGUGAUAACGGAGAAAGGAGAUGUCACCACGUCUCACCUGUUAAUACAGAAUGCCGACUUGGCGGAUUCUGGCAAAUAUUCCUGUUCCCCAUCAAAUGCAGAUGUUGCCAGUGUUAGAGUUCAUGUGUUAAAUGUUCGGGCUAUCAUUUCAGGUGAACAUCCCGAAGCCAUGCAAACGGCCUCAAUUGGCCUCUCACGGAAUUGGAUCAACUGUGUCCUGAUAUCCCUGGGGAUUAUCUUUCUGGCCAAUGUGAAUUUCUCCACAUCGAUGACCAUCUACCGUGCCCGGAAUAUUUAGGAGAGUGAACGUGUAUCAAUGUUUUUUUAGAGGCUAAAGAGACAUUCUUUGUGGAUGUGGACAAGUCUCGAGAGACUCUAAAUCAAAAUAGCAAUAAUUUUUAACAUCAAAAUAUAAGCGGAAAAUCCGGAAAAUCGUCA